AUGACAAUGACUUACCCAGUGAUAUCACUUAAACCGAGUUAUAACUCGAUUAUUCGAGGUUGUCCAGGGCUUCCGGACACUCUUCCGCGAAUUGAAUGUGAAUUGAGGAUAAGAUCAAAUGAUGGUAAACCCUUCAUCAUUGAUAAGAUACAGAUGGUUUUGAAGACUAUAGAAUGUUUGAACAUGGGGUUAGGAUCGUUUACUUCGAAGAGAAAUAAGCUGGAGAGCGAGUCUGUGCAUUAUAAGAAGAAUAUGCGCAUAUCGGAUAAGAAAAUAAUAGGGCUCGAUAUUCCACUAACGAUUGCUUUACCAGACGAUAUUAAGGAAACAAACUAUAACGCUAAAGCAGGCCAUUCUUAUACAGUUUUAGAAUGUGAUGUGUUGUAUCACUUGCCAAACACGAACUCUGCCCCUUUAGUGCAGAGUUUUUCUCAAAUGGUCAAUGUGGAAAGGUACGUGUUGAUAGCAUCACCCAGGUUAUAUUCGCCUGUGACCAAAGUCAUACAGUCACCUGAUAAGAAAUUUCACGUCAAACUGACCACUGAUAACCCUUGCGUGACAACAGAUGAUUUGCUUACUCUCAAACUAGAAAUCUUCCCGAAUCUGACCUCAUACACUCAAAGUCAACGUAUAUUUAACAAACAGAUCAAGUUAAAAGGGAUAACUCUUGAAUUGAAAGAAAUUUUAGAGCUUUAUGAUGCCAAUUCUGAUACAAAAGAAAACGUUCUUGAGUCAAUUUCUAAGCCUUUCAAUGAUCCAUUACCGGAAUCUGGAAUGAAACUCAAGAUGAGCCUGAGAGUGCUAACUAAGAACGCUUUGUUCCAUACUUAUGAAACUUCUUUGAAUGAACCUGCCGUGAUGUAUCAAUUACCAUCUCACGAACCAAAAAUGAACCAAAUUAAUCCGCCACAGACUGUUGUUCUUAAAGGUAAACAUAGUAAAGAACCUUUUCAGUAUCAUUGUUCCAUUACCACUAGAGGUAAACUUUUCUCGGUCACCCACUCUUUAAACAUUAAAUUCAAAAUUUCUAAAGGUAAGGAUUUUGAAAUAUCUUACCCAAUAGAUAUUACCCCUUGGCCCAAGUCAUACAUGAAGCACGUUGAACAAUUAAUUUACCAAGAACGUGAGAUAGCCAAGAACGCUAAGAGUUUUUAUCAGAACUACGGUGGAAUCAAGCGUAACAAAAACGGACAAUUAGAAUAUCCACCUCUCCCGCCUGUAAUUUACGUUCCAACUAAAGAGUGCCUGACACAGCUUGGCGUACUAUAUAACACUGAAUCGAAGAUACCAAGGCGGGUGUUCGUAAUAGAUUAA